GUUCGUUUCAUCUUCUCUCCUGAUCCUGAGCUUUCCGCUGGGAAGGGAGCUGUGACUGGUAUCGACUACAGGAAAGAUUUUACCUUGUACAAGAUGUUUAUCAUCCAGAAACUCAACACUCCAUAUGGGAAAGUGCUAUUCGACCUCUACAAUCAAAUUAUCUUCGGGUCGGCUAUGGUGAAUACGAUCGCGAAUGAUCCAGGAGAUGGGGACGAAAGCAGUGGCAUUGAGGAUGCAACCAAUCAAUUCCACACACUCUCCCUUGCCCCUGCUGAACUUGCUACUCACGGAAAUAUCGAACAAGUCGCCCUCGACACUCUUCCCACCAGUUCUAAUGCCGAAAAAAGAAUCAUCAGCGCCGGACCAUCGCAGGAGCACAGCCCUAGCAAUCCGGCGUCUGUCGCACAGGAACAGCCACUUUCAACAACACGUCAUGCAGCUCCAUCUACAUUGGUCACGCCAGAAGCCAGGGUUGUAGAGAAGUCAAAAAAAGGGAAGGCGAGUGAGAAGGGAACUGUUCAGGACACAGCGGCGGAGGUUGUUGAGGCUGUACCAGGUACUCGCAAGCCUCGCAAACCACGCGCGCGCAAAACUUAG